GGUGUCAGUAUUGUUGUGAAAGCAUUGAAGAGCUAUGGCCGUCGGAAAGAACAAGAGGAUUUCUAAGGCCAAGAAGGGUGGCAAGAAGAAGGCCGCUGAUCCUUUUACCAAGAAGGAUUGGUACGAUAUCAAGGCCCCUUCUGUGUUCCAGGUCAAGAAUGUUGGCAAGACCCUCGUCACUCGUACUCAGGGCACCAAGACUGCUUCGGAUGGACUAAAACAUCGAGUGUUUGAGGUCUCAUUGGCUGAUCUUCAAGGUGAUGAGGACCAUGCAUUCAAGAAGAUUCGUUUGAGAGCCGAGGAUGUUCAAGGGAAGAAUGUUUUGACCAACUUCUGGGGAAUGAGUUUCACAACUGACAAGUUGAGGUCAUUGGUGCGAAAAUGGCAAACUUUAAUUGAAGCUCAUGCUGAUGUGAAGACCACUGAUAAUUAUACUUUGAGGAUGUUCUGCAUUGGGUUUACUAAGAGGCGUAGUAACCAGGUGAAGAGAACCUGUUAUGCACAAUCGAGCCAAGUUAAACAGAUUCGCAGGAAGAUGACAGAGAUAAUGGUCAACCAGACAACAUCCUGUGAUUUGAAAGAAGUGGUCCGCAAGCUCAUCCCUGAGAUGAUUGGAAAAGAGAUUGAGAAGGCAACAUCUAGUAUCUAUCCUCUACAGAAUGUGUUCAUUCGUAAAGUUAAGAUCCUGAAAGCUCCAAAGUUUGAUCUUGGGAAACUGAUGGAGUGCUGA